UCCGGCCCAAAACGGCGCCGAGCUCCGCCGUUCUCCGCCGUUCUAUUCCGACGCGAAAAAGGAAACCUCUCUCCGCUGCCGACCUUCUCGUCCUCGUCCGGCUCACUCAACCAAAAGCCUUAACAGAACCCAAGAACUCACGCCCGCUAACUUGGUUCUGUCGCAGCAACAAGACAGAGUCUAACGCACUCGCGCGGAGAACGCUCAGAGGAAUUGUCGAAAGAGCUCGAGAUGUUCUCGAUCGCUGCUAUCAACGACACGGAUUCCAGGGGGCAAUGGGAGCCUCUGGCGCCCUCCAAGGAAGCCCAGGAAUUCCAUCUUUCGCAAACUUAUCACGAAGGACUCCUCAAGUUACAUGCUAAGGAAUAUGAGAAGGCGUGUGAACUGCUGGAAACUGUCCUCAAGGAUCCCCUCAUAUCAAGUGCUCAAGUAAAUGCUGGUGCUAGUGACGGUCAUCUUUUGCAGCUCAGAUUUUUGGCUCUGAAGAACCUUGCUACAGUCUUCCUUCAACAAGGUUCUGCUUAUUAUGAAAGAGCGUUGCACUGUUAUCUACAAGCUGUAGAAAUUGAUGCCAAAGAUUCUGUUAUCUGGAACCAGCUUGGUACAUUGUCAUGUUCAAUGGGCUUGCUAAGCAUUUCACGUUGGGCGUUUGAGCAAGGGCUUUUGUGCAGUCCCAAUAAUUGGAAUUGCAUGGAGAAGCUACUGGAAGUUCUUAUAGCAAUUGGUGAUGAGGUUGCAUGCCUCUCUGUGGGAGAGAUGAUUUUGAGGCAUUGGCCAUCCCAUUCUCGUGCUUUGCAAGUCAAAAGUGCCAUUGAAGAAACAGAAACGGUCCCAUUUGCUCCUCGUGGUAUUGAUAAGCUGGAGCCUAGACAUGUCCGUCUCAAAUUCCCUGAUAAAAGAAAAGCAGCCGAUGACAAUCCUGAUAUGGGUGCUCCUGUCAAGAGGUUGAAUCAGAAAGUGGAGUUGCUUUUAGUGGAAGCUUCAUGGAGCUCCAUCGUUAGUGGACUUCUGGACAUUUUAGUUCCUUUAAGUGGUUGUGGUUCUGAAAGGGAUGACAAGGAGCUUAGAUCUGGGGAUGUUUGCUUGGAUAUUAAAUUGCCUUCCGUCUUGGAAAAUGGAAUCCUGCCUUUGCACAAUGAAGUGCUUAAUGCUAAUUCAGUUGCUGAAGGUAUGUCUCAGGGUGAUUUUGAUGUGGAAAGAGCAAUUACUUUCAAGGAGAAGGCAGUGAGUAAUUUUGAGGAACAACCUCAAGAAAGAAGGAGUACUCGUCUUGUGAGUCUUAGGAGUCGUAAACCAGGAAAGGAAGGAUCAGACUUUGCUACUAGUAAGAAUCUUGCAGAAGUCAUUAAAUUUUUAGAACCUUUUAUUGUGCGAUCAGAUGAUAAAGGUACUAAUGGCUGUGGUAGCUGUUCUACAGUAUGUCAUGAGUCUGCCACCUCAGUGGAGUCGGAGUUCUAUGAUGUUACAAGAUUUGUGAAAGAAACUUCAAAAAAUUAUGGGGCUUACCAUGUAUCUCACUUGCUAUUGGAAGCGGCUGCAACUAGAAGUCUGACAUACCAGGAUCCAUGUAUUAAAUUCUUAGAGUUGGAGAAGUUGACAAGACACUGGGGCCGGGACAGGACCCUGGAAUGUAAUGUUUUUCUUGCCGAACUUUACUAUGACAUUGGUUUAACUUCUUCUGGGGAGUCUGGGCUUUCUGAUUUUGUCUCCGAUGCUUCUUAUCAACUCUGUAAGAUAAUCGAGCAGGUGGCUUUGGAAUAUCCUUCAAAUUCAUGUAGUGCAUCACGAGAUAAGAGUUUUUCUUUAGCCGAAAAGUUUCAAGUUUCUGACCUCUUAUCUUCUGAUGCGUCUCCGUAUCAGGAUAUAGUACCAUUUUGUCCACCAGUAGAGAAUAACAUUCCUUUUUGGAUUCGGUUCUUCUGGUUAAGUGGACGGGUGUCUCUCUUGGAAGGCAACAAGGCUAAAGCUCUUGAAGAAUUUUCCAUGUCCUUGUCACUUUUAUUAAGGAAAGAUAGUAAUAUUGGUCAGUCAUCUGUCCGUUUGCCGCACUGCAAGACUAUCAAAGAGCUAACAGUUGAUAGGCUUGUUUAUGAGAUUAACAUGCUAAAGGUUGAUCUGUUGCUAGAGAAAGUAAUGGAAGAUAUGACUGAAAAAGAACUAUAUUUUGACUGCAUUAACCAGCUUGCUCCACUUGUUUUCUGUACGGUGGAUGUUCACAUUGACCUGGGACCCUUGUCAGUCACUAAUGGCGAAAAUGGUGAGGGGAUGACCUAUAUUGAGCUACGGGCCCUAGACACAUUGAUUAAGGCUGGUGAGAGCACAAAACCAAUGGAUAUAGAGGUCAUUUUGAAAUCUCAUCAGCGGAAGCUGCAGAUACUAGUGGUAGCAGCUGGUGUCGAUGACUUUCAUUUGUCAAGUAAACUCUUCCAGAGAAAAUCAGGGUCCCUUCAAAUAUCGUCAUCUGAAACAGAGUCAAAAGAAAGUUUUACCAAGCACUGGAAUUGCUUGGUUGUUGAAGAAAUAAAGGCAAUUUCACAAUGUGUGUCAAAAGCCAAGGAAUUCAUUGAUCAAGAUGGAGACUGUGACGGUGUUGCCAUUCUAAAGAGCAGCAUUCGAGAUAUUCAGUAUUUGCUGCUGGCAGCUAUGUGCAAUGUUGCAAGAACACUUUCCUGUAGGACAUUUUCUGGGUCUGGGACUGUUGAUCAGACUGAACAAAAGCAAAGAAGCGCCUUUCUUGAUGCAGCCAUUACGUUCUGCAAAUUACAACACCUGGAUGGUAGUGCAGAUGUUAAAACACAAGUUGAUUUGAUCGUGGCAAUACAUGAUUUGCUGGCUGAAUAUGGGAUCUGCUGUGCGGGAGAGGGUGGCGAAGGCGAGGAAGGGACAUUUCUUAAAUUCGCAAUAAAGCAUCUGUUGGCCUUGGAUAUGAAGCUUAAAUCCUGUUUUCACUCUUCAAAUGGGGAAGAUACUCAACAAAAUAUGCAGCUGUCUGAAGAUAGUUGCCGACAAACAGAUGGAAUAGAUCUGGAAAUUGCAUGUGAGGAAGUCGGUGAAACUAGUUUUUGGGAAAAGGAUCUUUCUAAGGGGGUAAAUUCCGACAGCAUUUCGUCCCUUGAUGAUAAAAGUCAGGAGGUCGAACACCAAAAGGUAUGCAGCAAUGCUUGUGAUCAGAAUACUGAAGGAGGGGAGCACCAAUCAAGGGAAUGUCAGGAUGAACUAAGCGAGGAAGAAAGAGAAGAACUUGAGUUGAAAAUUGAUCAGGCAUUGGAUCAGUGUUUCUUCUGCUUAUAUGGUCUAAAUCUUAGAUCUGACUCAAGCUAUGAAGAUGAGUUAGCCACGCACAAAAAUACUAGUCGCGGAGAAUAUCAGACCAAAGAGCAGUGCGCUGAUGUUUUCCAGUAUAUUCUACCUUCUGCUAGGGUGUCAUCUAAAACUGGAUUAGUCAAGCUUCGCAGAGUCUUAAGAGCUAUACGCAAACACUUUCCACAACCUCCAGGAAAUGUGUUGGAUGGAAAUCCGAUUGAUAGAUUUCUGGAUGAUCCUGAUUUAUGUGAAGAUAAACUCUCAGAAGAAGCUGGAUCUGAUGGGUUCCUUGAAACCAUGACAAAGAUGAUAUUUUCUACCACGGGAAGCCUCAAGCAGUACAAGAAAUCAGUAGUAGGAAGCUCUGAACCAUAUCUUGAUGUUUAUCGGAAUUUGUACUUUUUCCUGGCUCAAUCCGAGGAAAUGAGUGCAUCUGAUAAGUGGCCUGGCUUUGUUCUUACAAAGGAAGGUGAAGAAUUUGUACAGCAAAAUGCGAACCUUUUUAAGUUUGAUUUGUUAUACAACUCUUUACGCUUCGAGAGUUGGCAACGACUUGCAAAUAUCUAUGAUGAGGAGGUAGAUUUGUUGUUAAAUGAUGGCAGUAAGCAUAUAAAUGUUUUGGGAUGGAGGAAAAAUGCUGCUUUAUCACAAAGAGUAGAAACAAGUCGGAGAAGAAGUAGGCGGUGCCUUCUAAUGAGUUUGGCUCUAGCAAAAACACCAGAUCAGCAGUGUGAGAUUCAUGAAUUAUUGGCACUAGUAUACUAUGAUAGCCUUCAGAACGUGGUCCCUUUGUUCGACCAGCGAUCUGUUCUACCCACAAAGGAUGCAGCAUGGACAAAAUUUUGCGAGAAUUCAAUGGAACAUUUUAGGAAAGCAUUUGCGAAUAAACAGGAUUGGUCUCAUGCAUUCUACAUGGGGAAACUCUGUGAAAAGCUUGGAUAUGCGCCUGAGAGGUCAUUAUCAUAUUAUGAUAAGGCUAUUGCUUUGAAUCCCUCAGCAGUUGAUCCUGUAUACAGGAUGCAUGCUUCACGGUUAAAGUUGCUUUGUAAACAUGGACACCAGAAUUUGGAGUAUUUAAAGGUUAUUUCAUCGUAUUCCUUCAAUCAGUCAACAAGGAAUGAAGUAACAGAUAUUCUUGGGAAAGUUGGUCCUGAAGUAUACAAUCCUCUGGUAAAUAUUAUAGGGAUCGGUUGUCAAAUAAAUCCAGAGAGGAAGCCUGAGGAAUUGCGCCAGAUGGAAGAUGCUUGGAACAUGCUUUACAGUGAUUGUCUCUCCGCCCUUGAAACCUGUAUUGAGGGGGAUCUUAAACAUUUUCAUAAGGCCAGAUAUAUGCUUGCUCAAGGGUUAUACGGAAGAGGCAAAAGUGGUGAUCUGGCAAGGGCAAAAGAUGAGCUGUCCUUUUGUUUUAAGUCAUCUCGCUCUGCAUUUACAUUUAACAUGUGGGAGAUUGAUGGGAUGGUUAAAAAAGGAAGACGCAGAACCCCUGGCAUUACUGCAAACAAGAAAUCCCUUGAGGUUAAUUUACCAGAAAGCUCGAGAAAGUUCAUUACGUGCAUCCGGAAAUAUUUGCUGUUUUAUCUGAAGCUAUUGGAGGAGGCUAGAGAUAUCUGUACGCUUGACAAGGCUUUUAUAUCUAUUAGAGCUGAUAAAAGGUUCUGCUUAUGCAUUGAGGAUUUAGUUCCAGUUGCACUUGGAAGGUAUAUUAAGGCCAUAAUAGCAUCAAGGCUCCAGGCUGACAUUCUCAACUCAGGGACCAACACUACUGAGCAUCUUCUGGAAAAGCUGUUUGGUUUGUUCAUGGAGCAGGGGAAUCUAUGGCCCGAUGUUUGCAGUUUGCCUGAAUUGAAAGGCUCAGAAGUGUCGGAAGGCAGUCUAUAUGGGUAUCUCCACCAAUAUAUAAAUUCACUUGAGAGAAAUGGCAAGCUUGAAACUAUCGAAGCUAUCAAUGAGAAGGUUCGGAAGCGUUUUAAAAAUCCAAAGUUAUCAAACAGUAAUUGUGCAAAAGUCUGCAGGCAUGCUUCUAUCGCUUGGUGUCGAUCUCUUAUCAUUGGUUUGGCAUUGAUCACACCUUUAGAACCUGGAAUUUCAUCUGAUAUCCAGGAUCUUCAUCAGACAGAUAAUGGGCUAGAAAACAGACAGUUCCUUUGUGUAGAUCUACAGACAAGUGAAUUGUGGAAUCCUUCAUUUGAGGACGCAAGCCAAUUGAAACAUCUGGAGAUAAGAUGGGGCCCGGUUUUGUCUAAGGUUAAGAAUACUAUAGUAAAGAAAGCCUCAGAUGGAAAUCUCGAAACUGCAAGAGAUCUUCUUAGAUGCUCAUACAACUUCUACCGGGAAAGCUCCUCCAUAACGCUGCCAUCUGUUGUGAAUCUUUAUCUAGUGCCAUAUCAGUUGAUACGGGGAAUACAAUCUCAAACAGCAACGGAAGGGGUUGAAAUUCUUGAUGUUAGCAUUCCCAGAAAGCUUCUUUUGUGGGCCUACACACUGUUGCAAGGCCGUUAUGCCAGUGUUUCAGCUGUUGUAAAGUACUGUGAAGAAAAUGUUAAGCCGAAGAUGAAAAAAACAGUCGGGCCCUCUUCAACAGCAUCACCUGCAACUGUACCUAACACCAGCCCUGCAUGCCCUGGUGGUGCUAAAGAUGGAUUGAACUCAAACCCUUGUCCAGCAGGCAGCGAAGCGGGAGCUCCUGCUUCAGCAAGCGCGAGUACAGCUGCUGAAGAAAGGAGUGCCGUGCUAUCCCACGAAGAAGAUCGAGACAGAAAUAGUGCAAAUCUACAGGUUUGUCCUAAAGAGAGUAAAAAGAGUUUACUUGUCGCUCCCCAACUGCAGCAAUGUCAGAAUAGCAUGCUUGCAGACAAGGGUGCUUCCAAAGCACAUGAAGGAGAAGGUCCCAAUGAUGGCUGACUUUUAGCAUCAUACUGCUGUACGAUCUUGUGUUGAACAAGGUUGUUUGCAUGUAUUGAUGCCUUCUUUGCUGUCCUUUAUUUUUCCUUUUUCUUUUGUAUAUUUCUAGGCAAUCUUUAAUCUCUCUUGGUCUUUCCUUGUA